ACCAUAUGUAUAUAUUGGCCAUUGUUUGAGUUGGUAUUUUCCUAAUGAUAGUAGAGAAGAUCGGCAAGCCAACAAAGCGGCGAGUACUCGAUCGUAUCCUCGACACAAUUGGACAUUUUCCAGCAGCGAUGUGCAGUGAAGCUUCGAUUCGAACGCAAUUGGAAGGCGGUCGGAGUGUUCACUUCAUUGUCCGAUUGUCUGCCGGUGCGUUUGUUUGAUCGGUGCACGGGAAGAUCGCGUUUGUGCAAACAACUUUGUUGAUAUGGUAUAUGUWGCGGCACUACCGUGUUCAAAAGUUAGCAAAAACUGGUGAGAUUAGAAUAUCACUCGGAUAUCUUGCAUUGUGCCUCUUGGUUGGCAGUCAUUAUUAAUUAUUGUGAUUUUUCGCAAUGAGUGUGCCCUUUACGCUUCUAAAGUGAAGUUACCGCGCGUUACWUUGUUGAAAACCAUCGGCUACCGAUCAGCAAUCCACGACGGCAUUUCUCAGAAGCUCCGGCAAAGAGUGUUUGAACAAGUGAUCCGAAUUUCGGGAGGCGCGUUUGACGAUUUGCGAAGCUGGUGCUCGGGAGAACUGCGUUAAAGUUGUGCCUUCAUAAAUGUCGAUAUCAAUUAAAUAACAUUGAAUAUAGACUUGACUGCUUUGAAUGGCCUUAAGUUUCCUAAUUAAUGCAAAAAUAAAAAAUAAAAAGACGUACGAUGCAUGUGGCCUAGGAGUGGUUGUGGUAGGGUCGGAGUUACUUAUGUCAAAUAAUCGUUGAGUUAGGUUUCGGUAUGCCAUUGUUGCUAGCAAAUUAUCAAUCGGGUAUUGUUGUUGCUCAAGUGGCAUACGGCAUGUUACUGGAUUACAAUAACAUUUGCGUGAUGAAUAGACUAAAUGCUGAUGACAAGCACAACCGCAAGUAUUUCCUUGAAUUACCGACACAUGAUUUGUUGGACGAUGAGAAAAUGUCCUUACCGRCUGUCAGGUCGCGAACAGGGUCUGCCACUGCGACAUUUUCAUAUCACCAAAACGUUGACCCAUACUGUCAAAAAGAGACACAACAACAAAUAAACACUCAAUGCAAUUCCAUGGCACCAAGUGGCAGUGGCCCAACACCUCUUCAGUAUUUAAACAAUAUCUUUGGGUUGAAAGCUCCGUCGCAAACAGCGUUCGCACCCCCAAAUAUCUCGCCAGAAGAUGUUUUUGAUUGGAGAAGUUUUCGGUAUUCAAAUGCGACCAGACAUUUCGAACUCAACCAUUGCGAUAAUCAGUCUCAAGAAAUAUGCAGCAGUAAUAUGCCCCAGAAGCAACAUCGCUCUUCUCUACUGUCAACAGGUAUGCCAGCUGAUCUAACGAACCAAUUCCAUCAAGCGCCAAUCGGAAUUACCGCUACGUCUGCGUUGAAACGUGAAGAUAAUACCAAUGAUUCAUCAAUGAAUAAGAGUCCGACGCGCGUAUCUCUAUUGGCAGCAACGCUGAAUGAAAUAACAUACAAUAUACCGAAAGGGCCUGGAGCGACAGCAAACGCGAUCACAACAGCCUCUGUUGCAGCGGAAGUCAAAGCCAGAGACGGAGUCAGCGGAUCAGCGGUAGCUGAAUGUCCAGAAGUGGUAGCAKUUGAGGCGGCAACGACGAAACAGCCGUCAGCGWUUUCCAAUCAAAACAACCCUUCCAUGCGCGGCAUGCAAAACAUUAACGAUAUCAGCCGAUUGGCUCGAUCGCCUUCGCCACUGCAAUAUUCUGCGUCCGAUUGUGGUGACAAUAAUUCGGUAGCGGGGAAUUCCAGUGAUCGCUGCUUGUCACCGCAGAGUCCGCCAAUAUUUGCUACGCCACAGGACGAACACCAACAACAUCAGCUGCCAACUCUAAAGUCCCACCUGUUGGAUGUGUUGAACCGAGGCGACACUACGUUGGAGUGCAAAUUAGGUGUUGCCAAAGAUGUUGAGCAUAUGAGGGACACAGAGUCCGGUGCGCUGAACUUAACCAGUGAAAGUUCGCGACAAAGUUUGCAAUCACCGUCACCGUCAUUGAAAUCGUUGCGCGCCGGCCGCUCUACACCUACAACGUCCGUUUGCGAAAGUGCGGCACCCUGUUUUACCAACAACACAUAUCAAAUGCCAAAUAUUUCCUCGCAACAGGCGCAACUCGCUGUGGCGGCGAGCGCAGGCCUGGGCCUUGGCAGUCCGUUGUUUUCCCACGCACUCAACACCUCGAUCUCACCGCAAGACUUUACACAGUUCCAGCAGGCACUACAACAGCAGCAAACCGCAUUGCACCAACAAUUCCAAAGCUAUAUAGAAAUUUUGCRCAGCGGUUCGUUAGGCAUAUCGCCAGAUGACCCGAGCAUGGCCRCUCAAGUUGCUGCCGCUCAGUUCCUAUUUCACAGCCGCGUACAGGCGCUCACUCAAGCAACCCAGCAACUGCAGUCGCUUCAGAAGCAGCARGAAUUGCAGAAACAAUCCCAUCUCCAGCACCAACAACAACAGAGAGAAGAAACUUCAAAAUCUUGUAAUUUGCACACCUCAACGCCGGCGCACACGCCCGUACAAAGUCCCGCGUCAUCUCCACUGCCUCUACAAACUAAUUUCAAUAUGAAUGCGCAUAGUCAAAUCACGCCGCCCAACCCGGGCACUAGUCUGAAAGUGAGUGGGAUUCUUACGCCGAAUACGAUCAGCGGCGCCCCACAAACGCCUCAAAUGCUAAAACAUGCUGGCGCCGCUCAACGCUUGGCUGGGGAACCGUCGCCAGAGGAAACCACAGAUCUCGAAGAGCUUGAACAGUUCGCCAAAACUUUUAAACAACGUCGUAUCAAAUUGGGCUUCACGCAAGGCGAUGUCGGCCUAGCCAUGGGCAAACUCUAUGGCAAUGACUUUUCACAGACGACUAUUUCGCGUUUCGAAGCCUUAAAUCUGAGUUUUAAGAAUAUGUGUAAGCUGAAACCAUUGCUGCAGAAAUGGCUGGAAGACGCCGAUCGAACGAUACAGGCGACUGGAGGCGUUUUCGACCCAGCUGCAUUGCAAACAGUGAGCACGCCCGAGGUUAUGGGGCGCCGUAGGAAAAAGCGCACUUCAAUCGAAACCUCGAUAAGGGGGGCUCUUGAAAAGGCCUUUAUGAUGAAUCAGAAACCCACAAGCGAGGAGAUCAGCCAAUUGGCUGACCGACUGUGCAUGGAAAAAGARGUGGUACGCGUUUGGUUUUGCAACCGAMGGCAGAAGGAGAAGCGCAUSAAUCCAUCAAUGGACAGCCCGACCGGAGAACACGGCAGUGAGUCACCUUACAUGAUGAUGCAGUGAAGACUUUCUCUCCAUGCAUAAACCAGCAGUACUAUCGCUAAAUCUACAACUAUUUCGUAUUGAAUCAGGCCAUCAAAAUAAUGAUCCGGGUAUACACCAUCCCUAUUUACAUACCUCUGAAUGGAUGUGUGUGUGUUUAACAAAUUGUCUACAUAUGUAUGCCUGUGUACUCGUAUAUAUGUGAGACGAAGGGUAAAUGUAAAUUGUACGUAUGUGCACACAUAUCUACGCACUGGGCUUAAAGCCUUCCAUGAAAAAGGUCCGCACACACACACGCGCAUGUAUGUAUACGAAUUCCUAAGGUGACUUACAUCUUGAAUUGACGCAGUCUUUUAUAUGUGUUUGUGUGCUGUCUAAAUAGCACUUAUUUAACAAUAAACAAUAACAAAAUAUUAUAUAAAUUUUAGUGUUUAUAGGCAAUAUGGAUAUUUUAUGACGGAGCCGAAUAUGUUUUAUUACUAAAUGAUAAAUCAUAACUAAAGUAUUUUUGUGUGCAACUUUUAUGAUAUAAGUUACUAUUCUAAUAACUGGUGUUUAUUUGUAAAUGUCAAUGUUUCUGGUGAAUUUGUGUUAGAUAGGCAAAUAGUAUUAAGAAUAACGGAAUAACCAGGGGUAUUUUGCAACAGUUUCAUCAUCACAAACGCACACACACAUACACAAAUACCUGUGUGYGUGUAGAUCAGUUUUGAAAAACAUGAUAAAAAAAAGUGAACUUUGUAUGUAAAUACACAUGUACACUCGUAUGUAAUCAUCACUUACAUAGGUAAGAUUGGGAAAACUGUAUUUCAUCGAGACAUUUUGUGAAGCAUAAAUCGCGCUUUAAACGAAAAUCAACACAGUCCAGUUUAGUUCAAGAAGUAUAUCAUAUAUAUUGAAUAUAUGCAUAUGUAUGGAUCGUCUCAUCUAUGUACAAUACGUAUGUAAGAACUUUAGUCUAGAAUAAGUUACUAGCAAUUAGACUAUAUUUAUUUGUUUUAAUACUGUGAUAAUAAGUAGAGGUUUAUUGAAAAUCUUCAUAAGGAAAAUUCCUGUAUAAAUUCCACGAAGAUAAUUUA